UUCAUUGGUUCAGCUAAUAAAUAAUAAUCCACCGAUAAUUAGUCCAAUUGGAUUAAGAUUAAGUUAAUUUACUAUGUAAUUAAAUUGUCAUAGCCCAUAAGUAUAUAUGGUGGUGUAUAUAUAAAAAAAAUUACAAAAAUGUAAUUUAUGCGUUGAUGGUCUAAUAAAUAUAUUACAUAAUAUAUCGAAUUCGUAAUUCCUGUCGAAAAGUAUAUACUUACACGGUGCAAGAUUUGUUUGAUAGGUACGCUAUAUAACAGCAGUAUAUAACUUAAAGUAUUGAUAUAGGUACCUACCUACUAUUCAUUAUUGCUUUCGUCCUCUACUUGUUGCUCGCCGGUAGCCACUAUCACCGUAACAACUGCGAAAUAAACUUUUCACGUCACAAUCGCAUCGUCAUUACUUAUUUAUUACCUAUUAUAUUUUAAACAUCAAACGGGUAGGUACUUUAUUUCACAUUCUUAUAAUACCUACACAUAAGCAUAGGUACAGGCGGUACAGCAACAACAAAUGCGAAUGCCGAACGAGUAUUUCGAGUAUUUCGUAUAAAUUAUUGACUAUAUUAGGUAUAUAGUGUCCGUAGAAAGAAAAUUAUAAAUUGUGUCUACCCCAAUUUAAACGUACAACUUUUGAAAGUUUCAAAUUGUUUUAAACGCGAAAAUCCACCAAUGAGAGGAGACUUGUAAUAUAUGCGCGUACUGUACACGGGAGUGGUUCGCCGUAGUGGGUGCGAGCAUAUUGAUUUUUUUAUAUAACCGUCGAGUCUCGUAUCACAGAACAAUAAUGAUGAGUGGCACCGUGUCAUUUCGCAAAACUAUACACGAACAACGUAUGAUCACAGAAUAAAAUAAUGGAUAAUUAAUAAUAAUAUGAUAUUGCCAAAUAUGUAUAUUUCGGUUUAUAUAGCAAUAGAUAUCAAUAAUGCAUCGAUAGAUUGGCAGCUAUAAUAGCUAUUAAACCACUGCGCAGAUUGCCGGUUUGCAUAUGAUCGCACGUUUUGCAGCACGAGAAGAUGAGCAAAUUGCAAUGCGUGUUAGCUAUUAAUAACUAUGGGAAGAUUUUCACACUGUCUGCGUUCGACGAUCAAUGGAAACCAUUUCCCCAUGUUGGCAUGGACUUGAAACACAUUUCCGCCAUCGAGAAUUACAUGUGGUCCAUCGGAGGCGACAAUCAAACGUAUCUGUUGGUGCACAACUUGGACAAAGCGAUACGGAUCAAGGAAGAAGUGUAUGAAAACGAGCGAUGGAUGCCUGGCGGAAAUUUUUCAAAAAGACUUUUGCCCACCGACAGGUAUUGUUGGUCAUCGGAAAACGGCAGAGAAGAAAAAUUUAAAGAGAAUAUAAAGUUGCCCUCUUUCGUCUGGCAAUGGGAACACGAGUGGAAGUUGGAGACUAAGUUCGAAGAAAUGGAUUUAGAUGACGACGGAUGGACAUAUGCAGUUGAUUUUUUUGCAAAAUUUUAUCCAACCAAACGCUGGAAUUCAUGUGUCAGAAGGAGAAAAUGGUACAGGAAUCGAAUAUACACGGGCACAAAUUCCUGGUGUAUAAUUUCUCCUCUGCACAAAGAUUUUACUAAGGAACCAUUCAUUUGUGUGAGCAUUGGAGGGCAUAAAAUACUUGGAGCCAAACUUGGUGUCAUUAUGGUGUGGGCUGUGACAGCGCAAGGAAGGAUUUUCUACCGUAAAAACGUAAACAAAACAUGGCCAGAAGGAUGUUUGUGGGUCUGUGUUCCGACAAAAGAGGGUAGUGAAUCUAGGUACAUUGACUGUGGUCCAUCGGGUUCUGUUUGGGUUGUUUUAUGGAGUGGUCUCAUAUUAGUCAGAAAAGAAAUCAGUGCUGAAACACCACAAGGUAAAAAAUGGAUUAUUGUUGAAUCUCCAGAAGAGGAUUCAAAAAUAACCCAAUUAUCAGUUGGGUUACAGUCGGUGUGGGCAGUAACUAAUGAUUCUAGAGUAUGGUAUAGAAAAGGAAUUGAUCAAAACCUUAACGAAGGAACUUGUUGGGUGAAAUUAAAUACUUUUAUGUUUUCUGUCUCUGUCACUCCAAACGACCAAGUAUUUUCAGUGGGUUUAGAUAGGCAUUUAUAUUUUAGGAGUGAGAUAUCUAAAAAUUAUCCUACUGGAAAAAAGUGGAUUCAUAUACAGGCAUCUAUUGAAAUUGAACAACCUAAAGAACAAGAGACAAAAUUGGAAGGUAUAGAAUCAUGGAUAUCAUCAUCAUUUACUGAGCCUUCACAUUCUGCUCCAACACGUCUGGUUGGAAAUGAUUCAAAAAAUAAUUUAAACUUGAAUGCUAAAGAAAUUAAUCCUUCUCAACGCAGAGUGUCUGCUUGGAGUCCUAAACUUAGUGUUGGUUCUUUAAUUGGUAUGGAAGCUAAACCAGAUUCAUUCAUGGAAAUUCAAAGUAAUAUUUCAAUUCAAAAAUCAAAAACAUUUUGGAGUUCUAUAGUGGGAGGUUCAAUUGAACCAGAUGUCUGUUUCAUAUCACAAUGGUUUAAUUCUCCAAAAGAUAGAGAAAAUAUUUUUAAAAGUGAAUGGAGACAAAAAAUAUUGGACAAAUUAAUAGAAUUAAGAUUAAAAGAAAAAGAAUUACAACAAAUCACCUCUUUUGCUUUAUGAAUGAUGAUCAUGUUCAUACAAGUAAAUCGAUUCUAUUUUUCAUUCAUAAGCAUUCUAGAUUCUAAAAGGAGUGAUGAAUGUAUUUUUAAUUAAGUAUUUACAGAUCAAAUAAAUAUAGAUCUGUUAUCGUUUAUAAAUUAUAAAACAAUAACCAUUUCAUAGUUUUAAUCUUCAAUCCAAAGACCUAAGGAAAAAUAAAGACUAUAUUUGCUUGUUAGGAUUUUGAUGUUUUUUUUUUAAAUAAUUUUUUUAUGUAACAUUUGUAUAAAUAAAAAAACAAUAUCAAUUUAAUA